AAUCAAACAGUUUCAAGAUCGAUAUCAUUUCAAUAUUGUUUAUUGAACUAAAAGAAAAUGAAAUUCGUUUACUUGUUGGCUAUUUGUGUUGUCUAUAUGGCUGCCUUGGCAGCAGCCCAGAAAAAGGACACCAAGUUAAAGUUAAAUUUGCCUCCUCCAACCCCAAAAACUUUGCCCCAACUUACUGGAGGCGGUGGUGGUUCCCGUAAGCAAGGUUUUGAUGUAAGCUUGGAUGCUAGUAAAAAAGUUUGGGAAAGUCAAAAUAAACGUCAUUCUGUUGAUGCCUCAGUUGGUUAUGGUCAACAUUUGGGCGGACCUUAUGGCAAUAGUCGUCCAGAUUAUCGUGGUGGUAUUGGUUAUACUUAUAAAUUUGGUAAAAAGUAAUUAAGAAAAUGUAUUAUAACAUAAAAAAUUACUUUCUAAUGGAUAGUAUCCAUAAUAAAUAAAUAUAUUUGUUUGAAAAUUA